CUGCCGGGCGGCGGGGCCAUGGAGCGCCUGGGGGUGACGGAGACCUUCGCCGGCAUCUCCCUGCCGGGCCACCUCCACACCAAGGAGUCCCUGCACUUCGCCACCACCUUCCCCUUCCGCGACACCGACGUGCUCAUCGUCACCUACCCCAAGUCUGGCACCACGUGGAUGCAGGAGAUCCUGACGCUGCUGUUCAGCGACGGGGACGCGGGGCCGGCCCGCACCAUCCCCAACUGGGAGCGGGCGCCGUGGCUGGAGCAGACCUACUUCAAGGAGGCGCUGCGGGACACGGGUGGCCCCCGCCUCAUCACGAGCCACCUGCCCGCGCGCGUGCUGGCCCCGGCGCUGCAGCGCGCCCGCCCCAAGGUCAUCUACGUGGCCAGGAACCCCCGGGACGUGGCCGUCUCCUUCUACCACUUCCACCGGCUGGCCAAGUUCCUGCCGGAGCCCGGCUCCUUCGACGCCUUCCUGGGGCGCUUCCUGGAGGGCUCGGUGCAGUACGGCUCCUGGUUCGAGCACGUCAAGGGCUGGCUGGGCCAGCGGCAGCUCCUCGACAUCUUCUACGUCACCUACGAGGAGCUGCACCAGGACCUGCCGGGCGCCGCGCGGCGCCUGGGCGCCUUCCUGGGCCGCGCGCCGUCGCCCGAGACGCUGCGCAGCCUGGAGCGGCACUGCAGCUUCGCCGCCAUGCGCGACAACGCCAUGGCCAACUACAGCCUCAUCCCGCGCGAGAUCAUGGACCACAGCCGCGGGCGCUUCAUGCGCAAAGGCGUCGUGGGCGACUGGCACGAGCACUUCUCGCCGCUGCAGAGCGCCCUCUUCGACCGCGUCUACCGCGAGCAGAUGGGCGGCGUGGCGCUGCGCGCGCCCUGGCACGUGGCCUGAGCGGGGACGGGGUGCAGGGACUGCCCCCRGCUGCUGCCCCCGUGCAAUCCCCUGCAUCCCGCCACUGCAACCCGUGCAACUCUCCUGCUACCCCCGCCUUGUGGCCUGUGCAGCUCCCUGCAUCCCCUCAUUGCAACCCGCGCAGCUCCCUGCACCACGGCGAUGCCGUCCCCAUGCACCACGGUGUCACCCCGCUGGUGCCCUUGCAGCCCGUGCAGCCUCUUGCAUGCC